CGGGCCUCGUCCGCCGGAGAAGAACCAUCAUCAUCAUCAGCCGCAGCGCCAGCGCCCGGGAGGAGAUGUAGCUCUAGCUCCGCGGCCCGCGAGGAAAAGGAACGGGGAAUGACCGUUACGGCACGCGGGAGGAGCGGCGGCGGGGUCGGGAUGGAGGAGAAGUGCGACGCGCCCGGGUUCGGCUUCCUGGGCCUCGACCGGAUGCGCGUCCUCCUGCCGCCGCUCCGCCUGCCGGAGAAGCUGUCGGCCAGCAGGACGCUGCGGACGCACCUCUUCACCAACUACCGGAUGCGCAAGGUGCGGGACAGCUCCAGGUGGCUCAUCCCGCUCUGGGUCACCAUCUGGGUCUUCAUCGCCUCCCUCCUCUACCUCCGGAUGAGCUACCAGGCCGUCGACAAGCGCCGGGAGUCGCUCGCCAUCAUGUGCGACGACCGCGCGCGCAUGCUCCAGGACCAGUUGAACGUCAGCAUGAACCACCUCCAGGCGCUCGCCAUCCUCGUCUCCACCUUCCACCACUCCAAGACACCCUCCGCCAUCGACCAGAAAACGUUCGCGUGGUACGCGGAGAGGACGGCGUUCGAGCGGCCGCUCACGAGCGGGGUCGCGUAUGGGGUCAAGGUCACGCACGCCGAGCGGGAGCAGUUCGAGCGCCAGCAGGGAUGGAGCAUCAAGAAGAUGUACUCCUCCAAAACCAAGAAGCAGUCGCAGGGACAAGGGAACGGCGAGGACGCCGAGGUGCGGGAGCCGGCGGAGGAGUAUGCUCCCGUAAUCUUCGCGCAGGACGCCUACAAGCACGUCAUCUCCUUCGACUUGCUAUCCGGCGCCGAUGACCGCGACAACGUGCUCCGAGCUAGAGAAUCUGGGAAGGGUGUUCUUACUGCUCCUUUCAAGUUGCUCAAUAAUCGCCUCGGAGUGAUCUCCACCUACGCUGUGUACAAGUAUGAGCUUCCCCCAAAUGCCACGCCACAGGAUCGCAUUCAGGCUGCUAUAGGCUAUUUAGGUGGCAUAUUUGACAUUGAAGCGCUUGUUGAUAAGUCGCUUCACCAGCUCGCGGGCAAGCAAUCCAUCAUGGUGAACGUGUAUGAUACUACUAAUGAGAAACCGAUCAGUAUGUAUGGUUCAAAUGAUACAGGAAGUGGCAUGUGCCAGGUCAGCACACUGAACUUUGGUGAUCCGACGAGGAAGCAUGAGAUGCACUGCAGGUUCAUUCAGAGCCCACCUUGGCCUUGGCUGGCAAUAACGACAUCAAUUGGAAUUUUUGUGAUUGGUUUACUGGUUGGAUACAUAGUUUAUGCUACUGCAAAACGGAUUGCCAGAGUUGAAGAUGACUUUCAGGAGAUGAGUUUGCUCAAGAAGCGCGCAGAGGAUGCAGAUAUUGCCAAGUCACAGUUCUUGGCUACCGUUUCUCAUGAGAUCAGAACUCCAAUGAAUGGUGUUCUAGGGAUGCUCCAAAUGCUCAUGGAUACUGAUUUGGACACAACACAACAAGACUAUGUUAGAACCGCACAAGCCAGUGGCAAAGCUUUGGUAUCUCUCAUCAAUGAGGUUCUUGAUCAGGCAAAGAUCGAGUCUGGUAAACUUGAGCUUGAGGCGGUACCAUUCGAUCUUAGAACAGUUUGUGAUGACAUUUUGUCUCUCUUCUGUGGGAAAGCUCAGGAGAAAGGACUGGAGUUGGCAGUGUUUGUUUCUGACCAAGUUCCACAAACACUAAUUGGCGAUCCAGGCAGAAUAAGGCAAAUCAUUACAAAUCUUGUUGGAAACUCUAUAAAAUUCACAGAGAAGGGUCAUAUCUACUUGACUGUUCAUGUCGUUGAGGAGAUUAUGCAUUGUUUGGAGGUUGAGACCACAAAUACCUUAAGUAGGUACCCAGUGGCAAACAGGAAGCGCAGUUGGGAAAACUUUCAACUUUUUAGUAGGGAACUGAACUCCUCCGAGAUGCCUUUUGCACCCGGUGCAUCAGACUCAAUAAGCUUGAUAAUAUCAGUUGAAGAUACGGGUGUUGGAAUCCCGCCCGAUGCUCAGUCCCGUGUCUUCACCCCUUUCAUGCAAGUAGGUCCAUCCAUUGCUCGCAUCCAUGGGGGCACUGGUAUUGGAUUAAGCAUCAGCAAAUGCUUGGUCGGCCUCAUGAAGGGAGAGAUUGGAUUUGCAAGUAAACCCCAAGUCGGUUCUACUUUCACCUUCACUGCAGUGCUUACGAGGGCCCACUCCAGUGGAAAUGAGAAUAAAUCAUCAGAGUUUAAAGAGAUCAAUGCAUUGGUGGUAGAUCAUAGACCGGUCCGUGCCAAGGUUACUAAGUACCAUUUGCAGAGACUGGGGGUUCACACCGAAUUGACAACUGACCUAGAUCAGUAUAUUUCUAAAAUUAAUUGUGGAUCACAGAUUGCAAAGCUUGUGCUCAUUGACAAAGAAACCUGGCUGGAGGAAUCCCACUCUAUGCCUCAUUUGGUUACUAAAUUGAGGAACAAAGAUCAGCCAGACUCUACAAAGUUAUUUCUUUUGGAGAACCCUAAAAGUUCUGUCAAAAGCAGUUUGCAUAUAUUCAGGGAAUAUAACUUGAAUGUAAUUAUGAAGCCACUUCGUGCAAGCAUGCUUCAGGUUUCCCUACAAAGAGCAUUGGGUGGGAUAGAUAAACUGCAUUGCAGGAAUGGGGUAGUUGGCAAUUCAACACUUGGCAGCCUUCUUCACAAGAAACGAAUCAUAGUGGUUGAUGACAACAUUGUAAAUCUCAAGGUUGCUGCAGGCGCUCUGAAGAAAUAUGGCGCAGAAGUAACUUGUGCUGAUAGUGGGAAGAAAGCAAUCACACUGCUGAAACCUCCUCACAGAUUUGAUGCUUGUUUCAUGGACAUACAGAUGCCCGAAAUGGAUGGAUUUGAAGCCACGAGAAGGAUUAGAGUGAUGGAAAGAGAUCUAAAUGAGCAAAUAGAACGUGGAGAAGCCCCACUGGAGUGCGCAGGGGUCCGGCAGUGGCGAACUCCAAUAUUAGCCAUGACAGCAGAUGUUAUUCAGGCGACACAUGAACAAUGCUUAAAAUCUGAAAUGGACGGUUAUGUUUCCAAGCCAUUCGAGGGCGAGCAAUUGUACAGAGAAGUAGCUCGCUUUUUCCUAAAUCAAGACCAAGUUCAGUAGGUAGGCUUAUAUGGAGUGUAAAAUAGUGGAGGAUAUCGGCAACGGUUCACCUGUCGAGGCUGAAAGAAUUUUGUCAGAGAUCUUAGUUCUUGAGAGUGGGCAUCAAUUCGCAGAGUUAGGGGCCCUAUUAAAACACUAGAAAUGCUGGGAUGUGGCCUCCAGUUAGGUGGAAACACUUUAGGCUGGAGAUGGAACCACCCAUGUUCGGUUCCUUGGUACACCUGAUCAAGCUGCAAAACUAAAUGGGCAGUGUCUUGAAAUAAAGAUGCAUGUGCAGCAAUUUACUCGACAAUUUGCUGAGGUCAAGGCGUGUGAAAAACUUCAGCUGCAUUCACUAACAGCAGAUGUCCUCUGCCACUAUAAUAUAGAGUAGGGAGAGAAGUUUUCCUUCCCCCGGAAGGUACGGCUGUACAUAUUAGGUAUUGGUUGUUUGUGCAGGCAUUUUUGUAUGCAUCAUCUUCGGUCUGUAUGGGUCGAAGCUGUAAAUUGUAAAUGACACAUUCAAAGAUGGAAGUUUUGUUUGACAAAACAUCAGCUGCCAUCAGCUUGUCGUCCUGAGUUUCUCUCCUGCUACUGGUUCUCUCAACCAGCCAAUUAUUACACUGAAAACUGCCUGUUGGUGUGGCUUUAUCUGAUGAAAUAGCUUUUGCCUGA